GGGUUCAUGGAUGGGAAGGAGCUACAAAACUUCAUCCAGGAGUUGCAGCAGGCAAGGAAGAAGGCAGGCUUGGAUUUAACACCUGAAAUGAAAGCUUUUGUGGACCAAUAUGGGAAGACUCCUGAUGGAAAAAUAGGAAUAGUUGAGCUUGCUCAGAUAUUACCAACAGAAGAGAAUUUCCUGUUGUUCUUCAGGUGCCAGCAACUAAAGUCAAGUGAAGACUUCAUGCAGACAUGGAGAAAAUAUGACAGUGACCACAGUGGCUUCAUUGAUUCUGAGGAACUCAAG